UCAAAGUAGUCAUGCACGCACGCACCGUGCGCGUUCUCAUUCUAUACCGGGCCCUCGAACCAUGAAGUCUGUCAUUCGCCUCAUAAAAAGGGAAAAGGAAACGCCAGAAGAUACGCUUCCUCCCCCAGACGCAGCCGCACAACGUCAGCAGGAAGCGCUUGGGAAAGCUAUUACCUUUGGCUUCAGAAGAAAAGCCGCACGAUCGAGACGCCGAAAAGCCACGCGGGAAAAACAAACAGCAGCCGCAGAGCCAGUUCCUGAACCAGCCAGAGAACCUGCACCAGCAGAGGAGUCCACACCCCUAGCUCUCAUCUGCCUCGGAGUUUGCGUGAUCGGCUCCUUCGUUUUAAUACUCAUCAUUCUACUUUUUUCGCGCCAACUCGCGGAUCUCGUCCGUCUCGGAGAAGAUCGGCGCAGUUGCCGAGGUGCCGACUGUCUGGAAGCCAAGCGAAUCAGCCAGAAAAUGAACUCUGACAAGAUCGAGCCCUGCUAUGAUUUCUAUCUCUAUUCCUGCGGCGCAUGGUUUGAAACACACACCACAAGCACGUCGUCCAUCGACGUUUUAAGCAACAUUGUCAUGAGCAGCCUGAAUCGAACCAUUUACGAGCACGUCUUAGGGGAUCCGAACAAAGACAGAUUUCAUGGCAUGGUCACCUUCUACAGGUCCUGCUACGAGUUUCAGAGGGAGAGACACCCAAUGCCAGUGCUGCAGCCACAAAUCUUCGAAGCCCUGGGAGUGAUAAUGCGGGAAUGGAUUAGACAAACCGAUCACGCCUCGAUUCUGGACUCUAUUGUGCGCUUGUCAAUGACCAAGGGAAUCGACACCAUAUAUUCCAUAAAGUUCGUCGACGACGAUGGUCUGGUGAGGCUCAAGUUGGCGCCGGCUGUUUCGGUCAGAAGGAAGCUGUUAUAUGACGACGAAGUCGCCACACACACUUACUUCGAGAUAUAUAUGGAAGGCUUCAUGUAUCAUGUUGACAGAAACUUCUUCGACUUAAACCUUCAGUACACGCUACUCGCAAUCGAUAGCGACUAUGACGAUGCCGUUGGGUUCGACGAUGACAUCGUCACAGAAGUUGUUGACGUUACUAGUUUAACCGAAGUAGCCGGCGUACUGACUGUAAGCGACUGGAUUUCAGCUCUUAAUCGGGGUAUUCAAGAUGACAAUAGAAAGCUGAAACCGACUGAUAAGGUUCUAAUGAUCAACCGCCAAGGUGUGCGGAGAGUGACAGAGUUGCUUUUCAGGCAAAGUCCAUUACAUCUCGCGCUCUACGUGAUUCUCCAAGCGUCUGGCAACAUGCUACGGUUUGACUUCAAUCGUGUCCUGAGUCCACAUCAUACUUGCCUCCUCCACACGUAUGAAGCCUUCGACAGCGCAUUCACGACCCUAGUUGCCAACACUUACGUGGGACAGUCCCGAAUCCGUUACUUCCGGGCAUUCUUCGAGCGCGUUCGUAGCCAAAUGGUCGAAGAUCUCUCAACAAAACUGUGGUUGGAUGCACCCACAAGGAGAACGACGCAGGUUCGAGUUCAGGCCGUCGGACUCGAGAUGAUCCUGCCCGAUACAGCAGGCCUGCUGUUACGCACCCCCCAAAUGGGUAGCAACUUUUUGAAGAACUAUGUCGCAAUGUUAGGGCACCACAAACGGGAAAUCAAUAAGUUUCCGAGACGUAGGGGAACAUCAGUGGGACGAGAUUAUAGAGAAUCCCUGAUCCGUGGCUGGGCGAAAUAUGUGGCAGAUCGCAACGUCAUCACAGUACCAACAACAAUGCUUAUGGCUCCAGCGUUCUACGACAUUGAUGAAGACUCUUUCAUCAACUACUCGGCAGUGGGGUCCACCUUCCUCCAGUUGCUUUCCACAGUGAUAACCGGAGAGGAUGAAUACGUUACGCCGUUGUGGCUCAGACAGGCACAAGACAUCUACAACAGCAGCGUGACAUGUUACACGAACCAGUUCACUAACCUCCAUAAAGACAAGCGGACUCUGGUGCCCCAGGAGAGGAGUCUUCUCUUCGCUACAGCGCGAAGCGUCCUCCUUGCGUACCGCUUCGCGAAUCCUCCAGACACGUUAGCCAGGAAGUUGUUCUUUGGACGACUUUGUCAGCUUCGGUGCAAUACCGACUUCGACACUUCACCAGCGAUACUCCCCGCAAGGGCGCUGUGCGACUUCGCGCUACAGAACAUGCCCUCCUUCUUCGAGACGUUUAAGUGCUCUGACAGCGACCGGAUGAAGCCUCAAUCAACCUGCAAUAUUAUCUGAUCCACUUUAAUGGACCUUUUAAUUGGAAGCUAUUGUUUAAAUAUCUCUUUAUAUCCGCAGUAUUUUUCUAUCUUUCCUCCAUUGACCAGUUUACGAUAUGUUCGCAACCAACCUGAUAAAGUUUCCUGACCGAUAAAGGCAGAGUAGGCUUUUUUAUUUUGUGGUAUUUUUUUUUCUUGCUAGCGCCGCGAAGCAACUGUGGCGUGAGCGGUGGUAGCGUCCCGCCCGGUGGUAGCGAAGGUCGUGCUGAGGUGGUGGGUUGGAAUCCUACCACCGGCUGUGUUGUCUGGGGUUUUCCCUGGGUUUUCCGAAGACCUUCCAAGGCAGAUCCCCUGAAGUCGACCCAGGACUCAUACUAACCCCCUGUCCCCCACUUCUUGCUGGUGUCCUUCUCUCCACCUGCGUACAUCUGUACGCUGCUCUUAGCCACAGUUGUUUUAGUAGAGCAGCUAGUUUCUAUUUGCUUCUUUCUAUACCAGCACCGUAGCGUUAGAUAUUCGUGGCUCUAAGAGCUGGGCAGGGAUCGCCCCACUUCCCUAAUGCCCUCUUUAAAAUCUUGCAACCGUAAAGAGAAGAAAAAGAAAUAAAAACCUGACACGAGCAUA